CGGCUUUGACAGUCUCAGAAAAGACAGACUCGAUCCGAUCCAUUCGAUUCGAUCCAGCCUCUCUGUGGACUAACCGAGCGGGUGUACGCGCGCGCUUUUACCUGAAGACACCAUGAUUAAGAAAAUGUCUCCAUCCGAGCAUGACUUCGACAUCCCAGCCAAGAACUGCCACCGCAUGGUCGUGCUCGGAUCCACGAAGGUGGGCAAGACGGCGAUCAUCUCUCGCUUCCUGAACGAGCGCUUUGAUGACCAGUACACGCCGACCAUCGAGGACUUCCAUCGCAAGUUCUACAGCAUCCGCGGAGAUGUCUAUCAGCUGGACAUCCUGGACACAUCCGGAAACCACCCUUUCCCUGCCAUGAGGAGACUGUCCAUAUUAACAGGUGAUGUUUUUAUCCUCGUGUUCAGCUUGGACAAUCGAGCGUCGUUCCAGGAGGUACAACGUCUCAAGAGUCAAAUCUUCGAGACUAAGUCUUGCCUAAAGACCAAGACGAAGGAGAACGCCGACGUGCCGCUGGUCAUCUGCGGCAACAAGUGCGACCGCGAGUUUACGCGCGAGGUUUCCGACGAAGAGAUCGAGCGUCUGGUGUCCGGGGACGAGCGCUGCGCCUACUUUGAGGUCUCGGCCAAGCGCAACACCAACGUGGACGUCAUGUUCCACGCGCUUUUCAGCAUGGCCAAGCUGCCCGAUGAGAUGAGCCCGGACCGGCACCGCAAGAUCUCACUGCAGUGCGGGGACGUGCUGCACAGGAAAUCCCUGCGCACUCGCAAGUACAAGGACGGCGGCGACGCGUACGGUAUUGUGGCUCCGUUCGCGAGGCGGCCGAGUGUGCACAGCGACCUCAUGUACAUUAAAGAGAAAGCUUUACACCAGGGCACCAAGGAUCGCUGUGUGAUUUGCUAAAAACAGAACACGCGUGGACUUUGAACACUCCCGAGCAGCAUGACAGGACUGGUAGAUUUCUCCGCCGUCUCGCUUCAUGGAAUGGCGACACCAGAACGUGUCAGUUUGCGUUCUAAACCCCAUGAGUCCUGAACUUUCAGGGUUUGAUCAUGUGGUGGUGAUGGUUGGUGGUGCGAGCAAAACCAGUUGGAUUUUCCAACAUCCCUGCUGUAUGCGUUACGCCGAGAAGACUUUUCUGACCGAUGAGUUCGCUGUGACACUUGAGCACUUGUUUACAGUUUACUAAUAUAUUUUAUUUAAAAGA